AUGCAUCCAGACUCCAACACUGACUUCGACUCUUCGUCCAGCUGUAGCACAGCAUCGCCUGGCGGGGACACCCCUGGGUGCAGCCAGCAUCCUUCUGACUUGCUUUCAUCAUCAGUGGACAGCGCCAAGGAUGCUGAGACCGGUGCAGCAGCCUCCUUUGUUCCGACUGUGACCGCAAUCUCCACAUCGCCGGAGCUCAGGUGGAUGGUGCAGCCGACGGUCCUCACAUCUGUCUCUCCGUCGUCCGGCCGUGCAAAGAGCAAAACUCACGCCGCGACUCAGUCGUCUUCCCCGUCGGGUGCAAGGAACAAGGCGAAAGGCUGCAGCAGGAAAGGACAGAAGGAGCAGCCUUCCAAAGAGGAGGAGGAAAGGAGGAGGAUCAGGAGGGAGAGGAACAAAAUUGCUGCAGCAAAGUGUCGUAACAGACGGAAGGAGCUGAUAGACACCCUUCAAGCUGAAACUGAUACGCUAGAAGAAGAGAAGUCUGCCCUCCAGACGGAGAUAGCAAACCUGCUGAAGGAGAAGGAGAGACUGGAGCACGUCUUAGCUUCCCACAAACCGUCCUGCAAACUCCCUGCAAAUGAUGAUGAUGAUGACAGGGAGGGGGAUAAUGAAGACGAUGUUAACACAAUGCUGCAGGAUCCUCCGGCCUCCCCGCAGCUGCUGUCCAUCUUAGAGAAUGGAAAAACCCCAGAGAGCAGCAACUCGCCGAUCGGAGAGGCCUCUAUUGGUCAAGACAUGGACAGUGUCCCUUGCAGUCCUGCUGCAGCCAUUUUGGGGAACUCCAACAUCCUCCUGUGUUCCAGCGCAGAAGAGGAGGCGCUGGAGGACUUGAAAGGAGAUGACCUGGAUGACUUGGUGCCCAGCCUGGAGAUGGCGGUGACGUCAGAGACGGCAGCAUCUGUCCCUGACAUAGACCUGAGUGGCCCUUUCUGCCUCUCAGACUGGGAAACGCUGUACAAGUCUGUGGCGAAUGACCUUGAAUCUUUGAGCACACCAGUCAUGUCUUCCAGUCCCACUUGUAGCAAUUACCGCACAGUGUUUUCCUUUAAUUACUCUGAGAUUGAUUCCUUGGCUGAAGGCUGCGAGAGCCUCAAAGGCAGCCUUGGUGCAUCUGAGUUAAUGAAAGAUAGUCUUAACUCUCCAACACUUCUGGCCUUGUGA